CGCCCCUCAAUUAUCUUGCAGUGCAGGGGGCGUGGUUCUAGAGAGGGCGGGCCCGCGCACGCGCUGUGUGUGAGUUUUGGGGUUCCGGAAAUGUGACUCUGAGAAAUGAGAUGGAGAAGUACGAGCGGAUCCGAGUGGUGGGCAGAGGUGCCUUCGGGAUUGUUCACCUGUGCCUUCGCAAGGCUGACCAGAAGCUGGUGAUCAUCAAGCAGAUCCCAGUGGAGCAGAUGACCAAGGAAGAGAGGCAGGCAGCCCAGAAUGAGUGCCAGGUCCUCAAGCUGCUCAACCACCCCAAUGUCAUUGAGUACUACGAGAACUUCCUGGAGGACAAGGCUCUCAUGAUCGCCAUGGAAUAUGCACCAGGUGGCACCCUGGCUGAGUUCAUCCAGAAGCGCUGUAAUUCCCUGCUGGAGGAGGAGACCAUCCUGCACUUCUUUGUGCAGAUCCUGCUGGCGCUGCAUCACGUGCACACCCACCUCAUCCUGCACCGGGACCUCAAGACCCAAAACAUCCUUCUAGACAAACACCGCAUGGUCGUCAAGAUUGGUGACUUCGGCAUCUCCAAGAUCCUUAGCAGCAAGAGCAAGGCCUACACGGUGGUGGGUACUCCAUGUUACAUUUCCCCUGAACUGUGUGAGGGCAAGCCCUACAACCAGAAGAGUGACAUCUGGGCCCUGGGCUGUGUCCUAUAUGAGCUGGCCAGCCUCAAGAGGGCCUUUGAGGCUGCGAACCUGCCAGCGCUGGUGCUGAAGAUCAUGAGCGGCACCUUUGCGCCCAUCUCUGACCGGUACAGCCCUGAGCUGCGCCAGCUGGUUCUGAGUCUUCUCAGCCUGGAGCCUGCACAGCGGCCACCGCUCAGCCACAUCAUGGCGCAGCCCCUCUGCAUCCGGGCGCUCCUCAACCUCCACACCGACCUGGGCAGCGUCCGCAUGCGGAGGGCAGAGAAGCCCCUGGCCACUGGGCCACCCAUGGCCCCCGGCAGCACAGGGGGCAGGACCACCAGUGGCCGUUGCAGAGGUGUUCCCCGGGGACCUGCCCGGCCGGCCAUUCCGCCGCCCCUGUCAUCGGUGUACGUGUGGGGUGGCGGGCUCAGUGUGCCGCUGCGGCUGCCAAUGCUCAACACAGAGGUGGUCCAGGUGGCAGCGGGGCGCACGCAGAAGGCUGGCGUCACGCGCUCUGGGCGCCUCAUACUUUGGGAGGCCCCGCCCCUAGGCGCUGGAGGGGGCCCCCUCCUCCCUGGGGCGGUGGAGCAGCAGCAGCCCCAGUUCAUCUCCCGUUUCCUGGAGGGCCAGUCGGGUGUGACUAUCAAGCAUGUGGCCUGUGGGGACCUCUUCACGGCCUGCCUGACUGACCGAGGCAUCAUCAUGACCUUUGGCAGUGGCAGCAAUGGGUGCCUAGGCCAUGGCAGCCUCAAUGACAUCAGCCAGCCCACCAUUGUGGAGGCCCUGCUGGGCUAUGAGAUGGUGCAGGUGGCCUGUGGGGCGUCUCAUGUGCUGGCCUUGUCCACUGAGCGAGAACUAUUUGCCUGGGGCCGCGGAGAUGGUGGCCGGCUGGGACUAGGCAACAGGGAGUCCCACAGCUGCCCCCAGCAGGUACCCAUGCCCCCAGGACAGGAAGCCCAGCGGGUUGUAUGUGGCAUUGACUCCUCCAUGAUCCUCACUGUGUCCGGCCAAGCCCUGGCCUGUGGGAGCAACAGGUUCAACAAGCUGGGCCUGGACCAUCUCUCCCUAGGGGAGGAGCCUGCCCCACACCAGCAAGUGGAGGAGGCCCUGAGCUUCACACCACUAGGUUCUGCACCCCUGGACCGCGAGCCCCUGCUGAGCGUGGACCUGGGCACUGCUCAUUCAGCUGCUGUAACUGCCUCUGGUGACUGCUAUACAUUCGGCAGCAAUCAGCAUGGGCAGCUGGGUACCAUCGCUCGCCGGGUCAGCCGGGUACCUUGUCAAGUCCAAGGCCUCCAGGGAAUCAAGAUAGCAAUGGUGGCCUGUGGGGAUGCCUUCACUGUGGCCAUUGGGGCAGAAAGUGAAGUGUACUCUUGGGGCAAAGGGGCCCGAGGUCGACUGGGAAGGAGGGAUGAGGAUGCUGGACUCCCUAGGCCAGUGCAGCUGGAUGAGACACACCCCUACACAGUGACUUCUGUGUCCUGUUGCCAUGGAAACACUCUCCUGGCUAUCCGCCCGGUCACAGAUGAGCCAGUCCCUCCUUGAGGCACCUGGAUACACCUCUGGACGACCCUGAUAUUGCUUCUCCUGUAAAUGUUCUUGAAAAGUGCCUCAGGCAUGACCAGCCCCCUGGAUUGUAUCAUCAAUGGGGUAUAAGAACCAGUAAAGCCCCUGCUCUGCCUUUGGCCCUGGAUAUGUAAAACUCAACCCACCCUACUCCCCCAACGUCCCUCUUUCCCCUCCCCACCCCUUCUUAUCUUUAGUCAACGUCCCCAGGGUUCAGCCUGGCUAGAGUUGGAGGCCAGACGUAACUUUUGGAAGCAGGGAGGUCUCCAGAGCCUCUGCAGAAAAAGGCUGGAGGUAGCUGUGGCUCCACCUAGAUGCUGCCCUUUCCCCCAGCCCAGUUUGAAAAUAAGUCGCAGGUGUCUACUGGGAGCGCAGCUCAGUGCUUUGGAGUAAGGCAAGCUGGGGCCUGCCUGUUCUGGCCAUUCCAGAGGCCUAGCCCCUGCAUUGCCUGGGGCAGGGAGGUCCCGGGAGUGCUACCACCUGCCCCCACUCCUAUAUCCUGAGGCAGGGGUUUACACAAUCUGAGUGCCUCCCUUCCCCUGGGGGAGUGCAUGGGCUGCAGUAUACUGCAGAGGACAUCCCUGCUGAAGGUUGCCCUUCACCCCAUGCCAUUCCCCCAAAGCACGUUGGGAGAAAGGGUAGCUGGCUGGACCAGACUAGUUUCCCAGAUGACUGGGAAAUAGCGCCAAUAAAAAAUCAGCUGCC